GGACGGGGCCCUAGGCGGUGGCGAUGGGGGCCGCCCGGAUCGCGCCCGGCCUGGCGCUCCUACUCUGCUGCCCGGUGCUCAGCUCCGCAUACGCACUGGUGGAUGCAGAUGACGUCAUGACCAAAGAGGAGCAGAUCUUCCUGCUGCACCGCGCCCAGGCCCAAUGCCAGAAGCGGCUCAAAGAAGUCCUGCAGAAGCCAGCUGACAUAAUGGAAUCAGACAAAGGAUGGGCAUCUGCAUCCACGUCAGGGAAGCCUAAGAAAGACAAGGCAUCUGGGAAGCUCUACCCUGAGUCCGAGGAGGACAAGGAGGCACCCACCGGCAGCAGGCACCAAGGGCGCCCCUGCCUGCCCGAGUGGGACCACAUCCUUUGCUGGCCGCUGGGGGCACCAGGUGAGGUGGUGGCCGUGCCCUGUCCCGACUACAUUUAUGACUUCAAUCACAAAGGCCAUGCCUACCGUCGCUGUGACCGCAAUGGCAGCUGGGAACUGGUGCCUGGGCACAACCGGACAUGGGCCAACUACAGCGAGUGUGUCAAGUUCCUGACCAAUGAGACUCGUGAACGGGAGGUGUUUGACCGCCUGGGCAUGAUCUACACCGUGGGCUACUCCGUCUCGCUGGCCUCCCUCACCGUGGCUGUGCUCAUCUUGGCCUACUUCAGGCGGCUGCACUGCACGCGCAACUACAUCCACAUGCACCUCUUCCUGUCCUUCAUGCUUCGCGCCGUGAGCAUCUUCGUCAAGGACGCGGUGCUCUACUCGGGCGCCACGCUCGAUGAGGCCGAGCGCCUCACCGAGGAAGAGCUGCGCGCCAUCGCCCAGGCGCCCCCGCCGCCCGUCGCCGCCGCUGCCGGCUACGCGGGCUGCAGGGUAGCUGUGACCUUCUUCCUUUACUUCCUGGCCACCAACUACUACUGGAUCCUGGUGGAGGGGCUGUACCUGCAUAGCCUCAUCUUCAUGGCCUUCUUCUCAGAGAAGAAGUACCUGUGGGGCUUCACGGUCUUCGGCUGGGGUCUGCCCGCCAUCUUCGUGGCUGUGUGGGUCAGCGUGAGAGCCAGCCUGGCCAACACCGGGUGCUGGGACUUGAGCUCCGGGAAUAAGAAGUGGAUCAUCCAGGUGCCCAUCCUGGCCUCCAUCGUGCUCAACUUCAUCCUCUUCAUCAACAUCGUCCGGGUGCUGGCCACCAAGCUGCGGGAGACCAAUGCCGGCCGGUGUGACACGCGGCAGCAGUACCGGAAGCUGCUCAAAUCCACGCUGGUGCUCAUGCCGCUCUUUGGGGUCCACUACAUCGUCUUCAUGGCCACGCCCUACACCGAGGUCUCAGGGACGCUCUGGCAAGUCCAGAUGCACUACGAGAUGCUCUUCAACUCCUUCCAGGGAUUUUUUGUCGCCAUCAUAUACUGUUUCUGCAAUGGCGAGGUACAGGCUGAGAUCAAGAAAUCCUGGAGCCGCUGGACACUGGCACUGGACUUCAAGCGGAAGGCACGCAGUGGAAGCAGCAGCUACAGCUACGGCCCGAUGGUGUCUCACACGAGUGUGACCAAUGUAGGCCCGCGCACGGGACUCGGCCUGCCCCUCAGCCCCCGCCUGCUGCCCACCGCUGCCACCAACGGCCACCCCCCGCUCCCCGGCCACACCAAGCCAGGGGCCCCGGCCCUCCAGACCACACCACCUGCUGUGGCUGCUCCCAAGGACGAUGGGUUCCUCAACGGCUCCUGUUCGGGGCUGGACGAGGAGGCCUCUGCGCCGGAGCGGCCUCCUGCCCUGCUGCAGGAGGAGUGGGAGACGGUCAUGUGACAGGGGACCUGAGGGUUGGACCCAUGGACAUGAGGGCCGAUAGACAGACCCAGAGAUGGGUGGUUGGACGGUUGCCCACUCAGGGCUGGGGCUGGGAAGACAAAAUCAGAAAGAAAAAAAAAAAAAAAAGGGAAAAGGAAGCAGCGUGUAGCUUCCUGUGGUCUGAACUAGGGA